CGCGUUCACGUGUGUCGGAUCCGCGUUCACUCGUCGCCCGUCACUCUGCCACAACUUGAGUGAAGACCCUCAAGAUAAAUUUGUUGUCGUAAUAUCCAUCUGCAUACGGAAAUACUGCACAACAACUGAAAGAUGUGGAAGUCAGUCGUGGGCCACAAUGUGAACAUGAAGGUGGCUUCAGAGGGCGACGACUGGGAGACGGACCCUGACUUUGAGAAUGACGUGUCGGAGCAGGAGCAGAGGUGGGGAGCCAAGACCAUCGAGGGCUCGGGACGCAAAGAACACAUCAGUGUAGCAGAGCUCAGAAACAAAGUGGCUGUGGAGCAUGAGCAGGUGAAGCAGAAGGAGACAACUCCCAAAGCGUCCUAUGGAUAUGGAGGGAAGUUUGGAGUGGAGAAGGACCGAAUGGACAAGGUGGCUGUGGGUCACGACUAUGUGGCCAAGGUCGACCAACACUCCUCCCAGAAAGAUGCGGCACAAGGGUUCGGUGGGAAAUUCGGUGUUCAGAAAGACCGCGUUGAUAAGUCUGCCAUGGGCUUCGAAUACAAAGGGGAAGUACAGCAACAUGCAUCUCAAAAAGAUUACUCCAAGGGAUUUGGAGGGAAGUAUGGUGUUGAGAAGGAGAAAGUGGACAAAGCAGCGUUGGGCUACGACUAUAAAGGCCAGACAGAGAAGCACCAGUCACAAAAAGACUACUCUAAAGGAUUCGGAGGGAAGUACGGGGUGGAGAAGGAGAAGGUGGACAAAGCUGCUCUGGGUUACGACUACAAGGGAGAAACGGAGAAGCACCAGUCACAGAAAGAUUACUCCAAGGGGUUUGGAGGGAAGUACGGGGUUGAGAAGGAGAAGGUGGACAAAGCUGCGUUGGGGUACGACUAUAAAAGCGAGACGGAGAAGCACCAGUCACAGAAAGAUUACUCCAAGGGGUUUGGAGGGAAGUACGGGGUUGAGAAGGAGAAAGUGGACAAAGCUGCACUGGGGUACGACUAUAAAAGCGAGACAGAGAAACAUCAGUCACAAAAAGAUUACUCAGCUGGUUUCGGUGGUCGUUACGGAGUACAGGCAGACCGCAUGGAUAAGAGUGCUGCUGGCUUCUCAGACAUGGACAGACCAGCAUCUUCUUAUGAAAAGACGCAGCCAAUAGAGGCUUCGAGUGCAGGUGCAGGGAAGCUGAAGGCACGCUUCGAGAACAUGGCCAAAGCUUCUGAUGAAGAGAACAGGAAGAAAGCCGAAGAGGAGAGAGCGAGGCGACAAGCCAGAGAGAGCAGGGAGAGAGAGGAGGCCAAGCGCAGGCAGCAGGAGGAGGACUCAAGAGAGGAGGAGUUUGCUCCACCACUACCCGUUCGAAAUGUGGAGCCAGAGCCAGAGCCAGAGCCAGAGCCAGAACCAGAACCAGAACAGGAGCCAGAACAUGAACCAGAAGACCACUAUGACAUGCCAGAGGGUGAAGAAAUACGUAGGCCACUGCCAGUGCCAGAGCCAGAGGACGAACCAGAGUAUGAUGAGCCCCCGGCCUUGCCUCCACGCACAGAAGAUUUCCUCGACAUGGAAGCCCCCCCUCCUCUGCCUGCAAGGCUGGAAGACGAGUCUAAUGAAGGAGAAUAUGAGGAACUCGCUGAUACUGCUCCUCCCGCGAUGACAGCUGUGGAUAACGACUACGAAGAUCUGUCAUGUGGCCAGAAGGCAAGAGCAAUUUAUGACUACCAGGGAGUGGAAGAUGACGAGCUCUCCUUCAACCCGGAUGACAUCAUCACCAACAUAGAGAUGAUUGACGAGGGCUGGUGGAAGGGACAGUGUAACGGACGCACCGGCCUGUUCCCGGUCGCUUACGUUGAGCUGAUAUAGGCAACGAUGUGAUCCAGUAUAAUUUGCACAUGCUUCACCUUAACAAGGUCACGUUUAUUUGGGCUGAAUUAAGCAUUGUAUACAUGGCAAAGUUCAGCUCAUUUCCCUUUUCUUUACUUCUCUGUGCUGUGUAAUAUCUCAGGUAGGAUCAGGUGAUGUAGGUAGGUAUGACCAACAUAAACGGUGACAAUUAAAACCUUUUAACUGCAGUGUUCUGACGUUAUGAGAGAUAAUAAAAUAUUUUAAAAGAC